CCGGUCCCUUCUGCGCACUUUUUUUUUGCGCCUGCGCGCGGCUGAAGCGCAGUUCGUUUCUCUUUCAGCCAGGAAGGGCGUUGGUAUUGAGGGACAAUAACUACGAUGGCUUCCGGUGCUUUGACGAAACCUCAGAUGCGUGGCCUUCUGGCCAGGCGUCUGCGAUCUCAUAUUGGUGGAGCAUUCGUUGUAUCCCUGGGGGUUGCAGCUUUCUAUAAGUUUGCUGUGGCUGAACCAAGGAAGAAGGCAUAUGCAGAUUUCUACAGAAAUUAUGAUUCCAUGAAAGAUUUUGAGGAGAUGAGGAAGGCUGGUAUCUUUCAGAGCGCCAAGUGAUUUUUCUAAUUCAAAGAAUUUCUUUGGAUUGAGUUUCAUAGAAGUUUGUCACUGACCUGUGUUCCUGAACUAUGAAAAUGAAUAUGUGGGCUAAGGGAUAGUUUCUCUUAAUAAAUAAACAAUUAACAAAUACUGUG